CGAAAACAGGCUUGAUUUGAGUUAAUCUCCAUGUUCAACCAAUUAUAGGUCGAUCCCGUAGAUUGAUCUGAUAGUAAUUUGCUCUUGUGAUCAAAAGAACAUAGUGAUCUUUCUUCAUAUAGAAGUGGUUCCUGGUGAUCAACAAAGAGAAUAUCUACUACAGAUCUUCAAACAGUCGUGUCUCUUGUAUGUUUUUUACGCAGAAUUAUUACAACGCAGAAGAAAAAGGUAGUAUCGAAGUUGAUCUCUCAAAAUAACCUCCCUGGUCUAAAUCUACAAAUAAUAUUAAAGGUCGUGGAUCUUACAAGAAUUCUUGCAUUUUCUUCGUAGAAGUGGGGGUCUCGUAUUACGGGAGUUGAAAAUUAUCUUUGAAUUCGUGAUCACCUGAAUCCAUGGAAUCCUGGUAAUCCCUGCAACCGGUAUCGACAAUACAGGCAGACGUCAGUCCCUAUAUCGACGAGAAAAAGACCGAAGACAUCAACUACUGCAUCAAUCUUUGUUGUUGUUGUUGUUGUUAUUUCGUCGAACAUUUAAUUGUGUCUUCUUUUAGUAGGUCUAAGAAUACUGCUGCAAGAAAUCUGCUCUGCUAGAAGAUCCUUGUUUGUUUCUCUCGAUAUACCGACUUCGUCUAUUCGAUCACAAAUAAGAAUUCUACUACUUCAAUCUGUAAUAAUCAAAUCGACGAACAAAACUACACUGAGAGUUGCUCAUCUUCAUAAGCUGUACUUGUUCGAAUCCACCACUACGACCACACAUCUUGCUCUCAAUCACCCUUUUCUAUCAAUCACAAUUUGUGUAAAACCUAAGUCCCUGCCACCCGCACACGAACUCCUUCUACGUCUGAACGACCUGAAGUGUGCUCAAGAAGUUCCAAAAAAAGGAGCGACGCCACACUUGCUUCGACCUGGAAAGAGUCGGAGCUUCGUUGAAAAUGGCAGACCAAGUAGCCGCUGAAGUUCCAGCGGCCCCAGCUGCUGCCACAGAGCUCAGCUCCGCCGAUGUCGCUGCCGCCGCAGCUGCACCCUCUGCAGUAGAACAGGCCAGUGAUUUCAGCGUGGAUGAUUUCACAGCGGGCUCAGUCGUCAAGAUCUUUUCGCUCCCACAAGAAUGUGUUUCUCGAAUCGUCGGAAACAAUGGUAACACCAAAUAAUUUGCUCCUACAGAUCUUCUACGUGAUGGAUGAUGAAGAUGAUUUGAUGAUGAGUUUCCUAGCUGAGGAUGUUGUGUUAUCAUGCUGUGCCAGAUGUGGUUUAUCUUGAUCAAAAGAAAAGUAAAAGAUGAUUUGUUCUAACUCUUCUGAAAGUGAUUGUUCUUCGUAGGCUUACUAGCUGGAUCAAUAAAUAUUCUUGAAAUUAUCGAUCUUAAUAUACAAGUCCUUCUGGAUCCCAUAUUCCGUCCUUAUCAUUCCCUGUGCGCCCAUUCUGCAUCGUUCCCCUAUCUAUCCUGCACUGCUGCUGGUCGUGGUGGUUCUUUAUGUUUAUUCUCGGAGUUGCACAAGAAGGACUGCUAUGCAACUAAGGUGAAGGCAGCAUGGGAAUUUUUGUGGAUCUUGUUGUCGCGUUCGGGCUGUACUCUCACUUCCUUGUCGUGAAGAUGACAGGGGUUCCUCAUCAUCCGCACAGGUUCUAGGUAGUUUCAAAGGAUCACCAACAGACCGCGUUUUCCCGGGAUCCCAAUUCUUGCCAUGUCCAGGGUUGAUAAGAAUGUUGAUCACGAUGAAAUAUUGUGAUCAUCGAACUAGAAUUGAAAUGUUGUGGCCUCUCAUGGUGGAUCUUCUGGUUCUGGUUUUUCUCGCGAAGACGUCAUCAUCUGAUGACGGUCGCGAGAAAUGGGGUUCUUACAUGUUCAUAAGGGGGGUCUAUGCUUUGGGCGUGUGCCGUGGCUUGAUGAAGCACAUUCCUCGCGCGUAUCCGGUGUUUGCGGGGAAGAAGCUCUAGAUGAUCGCGCACGACAAGGUGUACAACUAAAUGUACAACCAGGGGCAGUGCGACUGCCAUAAAAGAACCACCGACAACACAGCAUGGUCUUCAUGUUGACCCAUAACUCCACGAAAUCAACGAGCACGUGCCAUCAGCCAGCUGCUUGCCGCUUCUCCUUACCAAGACUACAAUUUCUGCUCUCUUCGUCCACUACUUGCGCGCGAAGAGAAAGAACUGCGCCAAACAACUACUAUUCGCAACCACUUCUUCAGCGAUGCACUAAAUUCCUCUUGUGAACAAAACCAAAGCAUCAAUUAACGAAUUCCCAUCAUUAUAGGGGAGAAGAUACUGCAAAUGCGAGCAGCGCACGGAUGCGGAAUCGCGAUAAACCAGGAAACCAAGGACAUGGGCUAUUCCGUCUGCACAGUCAGGGGACACACCGAGGAAAGUGUUGCAAACUGCAAAGCCGAACUCGAUCAGCUUAUGGAUGAAGCAAAAGCCAACGCAUCUAAGGAAGUGCAAAUACCGCAGAAAUAUGUUGGUAUAAUCCGCUACUGAUAAUGAUGGAUGCUUAGAAUCAUUAUCUUACGAUUUUAUUCGUGUUCGUGAUUGUGAUUGAAUAUCAAAAGAUAUAUGGUCCUUGUUUGGUGCUGGAAACACUUGUGAUAAACCAAGGUAUGAUCAUCGGUGCAAGCGGAAUAACGCUAACGAAGAUCCGAAAGCAUACUGGAGCCCAAAUCGAAGUGGUCCAAGACACCGCAAAUGAUGGCUUUUCAGUCGCGCAUGUUUCCGGAACCUUGGAACAGGUAAAGGAUCCUGAAAAAUAUUCCAUUUUUCGUCGAUAAUCUUUUGUAGUCAACUCUCUUCAUAAAAAAUUUCGAUUUUGUAGAUUUAUUCCUGGUGGAAGAAGCACCUAUUGUUUUGAUUUAUCUGCGAAGGAAGUGUCUUCUUGCGUCUCGUCUAAUAUUCAAAUCGCUCCUUUGUUAAAAAUGAAAUCAUAGGUUGACAAAACGGUCGAUGUCAUUAGUAAAAUGGUUGUAUCGGGAAGACAAGCAUCAGAAGGAUACCAAGAGUAUCUGAAAAACGUGCAAGCAGGAAACGUUCCAUCCGCUCCAUUCAAGCCGGACAAGAUGCCGGGUCUCGAAUUUCUCGAGGAUGACCUCGACGGCAAGGGAACGCCAAGCCACAAGGGCAAAGGAAGUACAAUUUUUUGCACUCAGAGCAACUUUUUGAAGAGUUUGAUCGUUUUUGGUGGCUUCCCUAGACCUAUGACUUAAUUUAGGAACAAGAAAUUACUUCUAGGUCAUGCUUUUACUUAUUUUCCUUUUCGGUUCACUUGACAUUGCUCCUCUUUUCCAGUAACUUUCGAGCUUUAAUAAGUCGAAUAUUUCUUCGUUCCACUAUAGACAACCACGGACACGGACUUCACGGUACCGCAUUCAACCACCACCAUCAUAACUAUGGUCUUCACGGUGGCUAUGGCGGUGGCCACUACACGCCAAGAAGUAAAGAGCACAAGGGAGGCCACAAGGGAGGCGACCGCGGUGGUCAUGAUAAGGGAGGCGCAACUGCUGAGGAGCGUGGCGGCUUCGUAGGUGGAGGCAUCGGCAUAAAAGGCGGCUCCGGAAAGAACAUCGCUUUUGUAGACGCAUCAACGCACGAUAAAGAGGACAAAUUCGAGGUACAACUUCUUACACAGCGGCUCCUACAGAUAUUUUAAGGUGCGAAUCGUAAAAACAAGAAGAAAGUUCUCGAAAUUUAUUGGUGCAGGUUUUGAUUGAAGCGCGACGUAUAAGUACGAGAUAGUACUAAAAAGGCUUUGAUGUUCUAUCCUAGUCCUAUUGGCAUCUUUGAUUUACUGUCCGUCACCACACCACAGGUUCCGCAGAAGUACGUAGGUCUCUUGGUCGGCAAGCAGGGUGAGGCAAUCCGAAGAUUUAGACAGUAUGCUGCUGAGAGAAACAUGGCGAUCCGGGUAAACCAAGACAACCAGCACGAAGCAGCGACUGUGGUCAUCACAGGCAGCGAUCUCGACGAAAUCACAGCCCUUAAGGCAGACAUGACACAGAAUCUCUUCCAAGCAAUUGCAAAGCUUGAUUCGAACGGUAACCAGCUCCUUUAUAAAUUUUAUGUCUGUAGUAUUCAUUUUUUUUGAUGCAAGUAGCUCGCUCCCAAACACGUCGUUGUAGAGGAAAAAAGAACUUUUAGCAAGUACUAUGUAUAGUUCUGAAAAGCUUCCCCACAUAAAAUGAAUGUCUACUCCAAGAGUGCUAAAAAUCUUCUCCAAACGAACCAAAAAAUCAAUAUCUACACUACCACCAGUGAAUUAUGUUUUUCGCAAAAUAUCCAUAUCAACAGGUAAGGACGGGUCCACCUCUUUCACCAAAUCAGGUAAGGACGGUGGAAAGAAAGGUAAGGGCAAGUACAAUGAUUGGGGUAAGGGUGGAAAGAACUACCAGCAGAACUCUGGCAGCGGUGAUUGGUGGGGUGGUUCCAACCGAACGCCUGAGGUGUACUACAAAGGACCUCGCGGCAGCAAUGACGGCCCCUAUGGCAAGGGCGGAGACGGCGGAAAAGGCUGGAGAGGAAAGAACAACAGCUGGGACAGUCAAGAAAGUGGCAGCUUCGGCAAGGGUGGAUCCGGUGAUUUCGGUGGAAAGUCAAAUGGGGGAAAUGAGCAGCAAGAAAGUGAUUGGUGGGCAAACGUCUUCACACAGGUACAAACUUUUUUCUGAUGAUUGUAUGUGUACUUACUGGAAGAUCGCCAUUAUAAAUCGAUACUUUUUGUAUUUUUAUGCCGAUACCCCAGAGUAGUUUGUAGCACGCAUGGUGCAUGGAGGGCAUGGAGCAGACGCAGCACUGCCACGCAUGGAGUGCAUGGGGCACAAGCAAGCCCCCGACCCACCCUCGAGUGGGUGGGUCGGAGGCUUUCGCAGUCGGUGUUGGUUGACAGGCUAGACCGACGCCGCGGGGGCGCUGCCUUGUGCGUAAUGUGCCGAGGUGUGAUGUAACUGGCGGCGCUGCAGCGAGCUGAUUUGUUCGGCGCCCCAAGGACGCCGGCCCGCGAAUGAGUGGGUCCGAGGGUGUAGCAGUCGGGACUGGGGUUUUCGGGCUAGGGGCUUGAACUUUUCGCCCAGGAUACCAGGCUAAAGCGUGUGAGCUGUGACAAAGGGGCGCCCUUCGGGCGCCCUGGAAAAUUUUUACGCAUGGAGCGCAUGGAGUAGAUGCUCCACGCGAUCCAUGCACUCCAUGUCAUGCUGUCGGCAAAACCUUAUAAAUUGCUUGGCGAUAAUAUACAUUUUUAUAUCAAAAAUAUGCCCAAGGGUAGUAGUUGUUCUAGACUUACUUUUAUUUCAUGUCAAGAACAUUUCUUGGAUGAAAAGAUGGGUUAAAAAUAUUUCAGGUCUUGCAGAACAAGAAUAGCCCACAGGGAAGACCGCAGCAAGAUAACGGAUGGGGUAAUUGGAGCGCCCAGGUAGCACAGAGUCCCAAGUGGAACGCAAAUGGCGGUGCCAAUGGAGGGAUAAGCGAUGGAGAUCUUGGGUCCGCGCUCGCUGCUCUGCUUGGUUCCAACGGUUCAAGCAAUGGAGGCGGAAUGGGCAACGGCUGGUGA